UUUGUGUAUCAAUCUCUUUGUUUUUAUCAAUUUCUUCACGUUUCUCUCUCUUUCUUCCCGUUUCUCUCUGUUUCUAUAAUCCUAAAACGGCUUCUUUCCUCUGCAUUGACUGUUGUCUAUUUUAUUAAUCCUUCUGGGAUUUGGACUUUGACUUGUUCGCAAGUCAUAAUGUAUUCAAAUUACUUUUUUCUCUGAUUUUUUUUUUAAAAAAUAGAGUAAUAAUUUAUCCAAGAAAUUUUUGGACUAAAAUAGAAGAGUUUACAAUGGGCAGCACUUGAAAACAAUGCCACAAUUGAUAUUACUGAAAGGGAUGAAGAUGAUCAAAUUUGUAGGUUCUUAUUGAUUGGUUGAGCUUCACAUGUACAAUUCAGCUAAAUGUAUACAAGCAUGUACAAGCUCAAAAUUACAUAUUAGUCCGCUUGAGACCCAAGUUAAAAUCCAUGGAGGACUGAAAAUAGUAUCUGUGGGUAUGCUGCCACCAAGAAAGUUCUUGCAGAAGAGGAAGAAAGUGGAGGUCUUCAAAGAUGCAGCUGAUGAAGCUGAUCAGAAGAACUGGAGGAAACUCAUGACUGAGAUUGAGGAGGGAGGGUCCGCGGUUUCAGUUCUCAAAAGCAGGAGGUCCAAAGACCAAGCUCUUCCAAAAGACUUAGUUUUGGGUACAUUGGUUAGAUUCAAGCAGCUAAAAAAAUGGAACCUUGUUGGUGAGAUUCUUGAAUGGCUUCGUAUUCAGCCUUGGUGGGACUUCAAUGAAAUGGAUUUCCUGAUGCUAAUCACAGCUUAUGGGAAGCAAGGGGACUUCAAUAAGGCUGAGAAGGUUUUGAGCUUUAUGAACAAGAGGGGUUAUGCGCCAAAUGUUGUAUCCCAUACUGCUCUUAUGGAAGCAUAUGGAAAAGGAGCUCGACACAACAAUGCUGAAGCUAUCUUUCGAAGAAUGAAAUCCUCAGGCCCGGAACCUUCUGCUCAUACAUAUCAGAUAAUACUUAAAAUAUUUGUUGAGGGAAACAAGUUUAAAGAAGCUGAAGAAGUUUUCGAGACCCUUUUGAAUGCAGAAAAGUCACCUCUGAAACCGGACCAGAAAAUGUUCCACAUGAUGAUCUAUAUGUACAAGAAAUCUGGAAAUUAUGACAAAGCGCGAAAAUUAUUUACACUGAUGGCUGAGCGUGGAGUUCCACAAUCUACAGUUACUUAUAAUAGUCUGAUGUCAUUUGAAACUAAUUACAAGGAGGUCUCAAAGAUCUAUGACCAGAUGCAAAGAGCUGGUCUUCGACCUGAUGUUGUGAGCUACGCCUCACUCAUUAAUGCUUAUGGGAAAGCUAGGAGGGAAGACGAAGCUUUAGCUGUUUUUGAGGAGAUGUUGGAUGCUAAAGUCAGGCCAACCCACAAAGCUUACAAUAUUCUACUUGAUGCAUUUGCAAUCUCAGGAAUGGUGGAACAAGCUCGUGCUGUGUUCAAGAGCAUGAGAAGGGACAGGUGCAACCCAGAUAUAUGCUCGUACACAACUAUGUUGUCAGCUUAUGUGAACGCAUCUGAUAUGGAGGGUGCUGAAAAAUUCUUCCAAAGAUUGAAGCAAGAUGGCUUUAAACCUAAUAUCGUCACAUAUGGGACAUUAAUCAAAGGGUAUGCUAAGUUAAAUGAUUCUGAGAAAAUGAUGGAGAAAUUUGAAGAAAUGCGGAUGAUUGGGAUCAAAGCAAAUCAAACAAUCUUCACUACAAUCAUGGAUGCAUAUGGUAAGAGCAGGGAUUUUGACAGUGCAGUUGUUUGGUACAAGGAGAUGGAAUCUAGUGGGCUUCCACCUGACCAAAAGGCGAAAAAUAUCCUUCUAUCUCUAGCAAAAACGGCAGAUGAACAACUGGAAGCUAAGCAACUUGUAGGCAAUUUUGAUAAUGAUGGUAACGGACAAAAGUUCAACGUGAUUUCUAGGUUUGUUGAUGAGGAAGAUGAGGAUGAUGUUGAUGCCGACGAGACCAUAUCGUAUGGUGAAAAGCAGGAUGAAUUGUUAGAUCCUCAUAGCAAUCAGCAAACGGUCAAUGAGGUUUCUCGGUUCAUUGACGAGGAUGAAGAUGAAUAUGAGGAUGAGGAUGAGGCAGAAGAUGCCAUUUCUUCUAAUGAGAAAGCAAGAUGAAUAUUUUUGAAAUAUGGUCGACACAAGCCUGAAAGGCUUGUGUGAUUUUGUAAAAUUUAUAUUGUAUACUGUUCAGUACCUAGCAGGCUAGCAUUAGCGUUUACUUCAUCCAGAGUUUGUCCUGGCCUUUCACAACGUAUUUUUUCAUGCACUAUAUGAAAGACGAUUUUUGCUUAAAGUUGUAACUCAUCACUGCAUGUGUAAAUUACCCUAGAUUGUGAUAUGAUUCAAAUCACCAGCAAUUUUCCUAC